AUGGUAAGCCUCAUUCAUCCUUCAGCUCCAGCUCCAGCUCCCGGUGAAAACUACUCUGCCCAAGAAGGUGCUUUCGAAGGCCCUGAAAAACUCUUAGAAAUCUGGUUCUCGCCCUCACCCGAACUUAUUAAGGAUCAUCAAAACUUGGAUUCUUCUUCCUCUGAUGAACAAGAAGAUGAAGAAGAAAAUGAUGCCAGAAAGAGAAGAAGCCAUGCUCCUCUUGAUGGUAAGACCGGUCUUCUUGUAAUCCCUAAACCUGUGUUGGAUAAAAUGUUGGCAUUAGUUAAAUGUACUGUUCUGAACGUCAUUACAAACAAGGACGUUGAUGCUUAUUUAUUGAGCGAAUCAUCGAUGUUUGUGUACCCUCACAAGAUGAUCAUAAAAACAUGUGGUACCACCACACUCCUUUUGGCUUUACCUCGACUUUUAGAACUCGCCAAGAGUUAUUGCGGAUUUGAAAAGGUUUGGCGAGUAUUUUAUUCUAGAAAAGCCUUUAUGUUCCCUGAGCGUCAAAAGGGCCCCCACCGCUCUUGGGAAGAAGAAGUUGAAUUCUUGGACAAGUACUUUGACCAAGGUUCCUCUUACAAGAUUGGUAAGGAAUUGCAAGACCAAUGGCAUCUCUAUUUGACAAAACCCUCUGAUGAUGUACUCCACCAUGCUUCCAGACCUUCACCCUACCCUCCUCACUUACGCAGUGUGAUGCAAGAAAAAGAAAUUCAAAGCGGAGAAUCUACACCUGUUACAUCAGAUACAGAUGAAGAUCCUUCUCCUUUUGGCAAUGGAGGUCAUUCACAUCCAGACCAAACAGUGGAAAUCCAUAUGACAGGUUUAAAUCCAGAAAACAUGAAGUACUUUUAUCACGACCCUGCAAAGACAGAGAGUGGUAUCCCAGGUGGUGUAUGGGUAGACAAGGAAACUGGUAUUGAUCAACUCUACCCCUCUGCCAAGAUUGACUCUUAUUUAUUUGAACCUUGUGGCUAUUCCUCAAACGGUCUCUGGAAGGAUAGAUACUUUACUUUCCAUGUUACACCUGAACCUGAAUGCUCUUAUGCUUCUUUUGAAAGUAAUAUACCCGUUGAACAGUCCCACGGUGAUGAUCACAAAGAAGGCGAAAGUCCUAUUGAAGCCUUGAUUACUCGUGUUCUUGACAUUUUCGAUCCCUCUUCUUUUACUGUAACCUACUUUACCUCUCAUCACAAGGAACACCACAGCCACAGCCAUAUGGUUCGUUCUAUGUCUGCCUUGAAUGGAUAUAAGCGCACUAACCGUAUUUUGUAUGAAUUUGAUGGCUAUGACUUGGUUUAUGGUCAUUAUGCCAAGUAG